CCCCUGCUUCGGCUCCAACAAGAAGAGGGUACGAAACUAGACGGAUUUCCCUACAACGUACACCCUACCCCUUGCCAGACAGACGAAGCCGGGUGUACACUCCGUAUAUUCAUACAUAAUGAAGAUCAAUGUCCAUGCUUCGAGGGGCAUCCCCUCGAGACUUCCCUUUUUACACACGUUUCUCAACCUCGCCCUACUCAAACUUACUUCAUACCUUCCCUCUUCCCGUCUCUCUACACUUCACAUAGUUAGAGACUAGAGUCCUGUUGGUCGUGACGGUUUCAUCUUCUCCGAGGUUCCUACCGAGCAUAUCAAAUCAACGCCUCCACCAUCGACACCUCCAGUAGCUGACCGCGAAUCACUCCCAACUCGGCUUCACUUGUCGCUCGUCGUCGCUCUUCCUUCGAAGCCUUCGGCAGGAAGCCUCUCUGAUCUAUUGACGACUCACGACGGCCACCUGGCCAAACCCGCAGUUCUCGAUGGGAAUGUUAACUUUGGAACCCCACCCUCGCUUGGCCCCCCUCCCAGAUUCCCCUCCCGAACUGGUGAGCCCGUCUUCAUCCUCCUACUCGUCAAGGCCAUCACCACCGGCCGAUCUUCAAUCCUGGGCUUCUUCAACCACCGCCUCCACCUCUCCGUCCAUGUCCACCUAUGACCAUAGCGCAACGAGCAGCGUGUCUUCGCACGGGAGCAAAGAUGUGGAUGAAGCCGAGAAGUCUGCCCCGCAGGCACCCCGACAGCAACUUCCUCCCAUCAGCAGUCUGUUUGGGCCUCCCCCUUCGGCCCGCCCUCUAUUUUCGCCCUCAUCAGAACGCCCGGGUUCCUAUCCGGCGACGUCGCCCCUCGACCGGCCCCGCAUUUCGCCAGUCCACCCGGACGGACCUUACCCGGCAUCCUUCUUCUCUCCUUUCAUCCCAUCAUUGACGGCCUACGAGGCAAGAUUCGACCACGAUCGACCGGCGUUGCACUCCAUGACUCGCUCUUUCUCCGGUUCUGGAUCCUCUGACCACCGGGACUCUGAACAGGGCCGCCCGGAAACCAGGUCUGGUGCAGGACUAGGUGGACGGUGGUCGUUGCAGCAGGAGACGGGAAGGCACGAGUAUGCCCUGGGAGGCAGAGACGCCUCGGCGCCGCUGCGGUCCCCGCACGAACGGUUACCAUUCCCGUUCUCGGCUGGGCCGGACGCUCGAUCAGGGGGGCGCGAGCAAAGGUCACCGACCGAGACGGCAGCUACUCCGCGCAGGACCUCGACUAGCACGGCGGUCGCCGAAGGUGUGCCAUCCAAAGACGGCCUGGGUCCCAAGAUCUGGACUGGGACGCAUUUCCUCCCACGCUUCGUGCGAGCGGCCGAGGUCCCGGGAGAGGGCAUGUGCUAUUUUUACGACGACGGGAGCCACUGCAAGACGGUCAUCGACGGUGAGGCUGUCAACGCCCACUGGGGCGUGACGAAGGCGGGUAAGCCGAGGAAGAGGCUUGCCAUUGCCUGCAUUACCUGCCGGGAGAAGAAGAUCAAAUGCGACCCGGACUACCCACGUUGCGUUCAAUGCGAGAAAUUCGGUCGGGUUUGCAAGUUCAAGAAUGCGCCACGGGGAGGACACAGCAGCAGUCACGGAAGCAGCAACAACAACACAGCGUCAUCGCCUCCGUCCGCAGAUGUGGAUGGUGUGAGGCGGUCUGGCGCAUCCUCGGCAUUGACUGAUGGCCGUCGAUCUGGGUCAGACUCGAGUGGGUCGACUUCUCCGCGUGGGAGCACGGUCCGUCAGCGUAGCCCGGAGGCCACUUCGCCGCCCAAGAGGCUACGGCUUGGCUUCGACACGUACUCCCCAGUGGGCCAGGAGUCAUCACAGGCGACUGGUCAUCCGCUAGACAGCAGGAAAUCGAGCCUAUCCUGGCACCAGCACCGCCCGAUCAUUGAGCUGCCCCGGAUCCACGAGGGUGUACUCAAUCGCCCUUGGCACGUUGACUCGUACGCUUCACUGCUUGCUUAGAAAGACGGGGGACAACGGCUACCAGUCUCCGUCAGAAGAUCCGUCUCCCGUCCAUGACAUUCGAACAAGACCCGGCCAAUUUCUACGUUAAGCCCGACGCGCGAAAUUUAGUGCACUUGCUUCCGUUUAUCGGGGGCACUUUUGUCGGCAAACCUACUUUUCCUUCCUGCUACCUAAGUAUUCUUCAACUUUUUUGUUGCAUUCCCCUCAUGUCUCAAGGCCGCCGAGGGUGGCUACAUGGAGAUGGUGAAGAUGAAUGUCAACUACUACAUAUUUCGCACGCUGCAGGGCGACGAAAGGGAAGGACUGGGGUUGGGGGCAUAAUCCAUGGAUUUCAUGAGCAUUGCGUGGAGUUACCAGGCGUUGGUCUUUUGGCUGUGGUUUCAUAUUUGGGAAGGGGUGAGGUGAGAGAUGAUGGUCGCCAGGGCUUCUCCCGAAGCGGUCCAUUGGGGGGGGGGGGGGCUUUACCUUUUC